AGUCCAGCAGCUGUGGCUGGGGCUUCAGUGACUUCCUUGUUAUGAGCCUCGGCUUGGCAGUGUCCGGACUCUUGGCCCCGCUGUCCUUACCGGGAUAGUCCGAGUCUAGAUCGCAGCCGCAACCCUAGCGGGUCGGUUCCCCUUUCAGCACAGAUCCUUCCCCCUCACGCCCCGAGCUCCCUAACAUGCCCAACCCCAGCAGCACGUCCUCUCCCUACCCCCUCCCCGAGGAAAUUAGGAACCUGUUGGCAGAUGUUGAAACAUUUGUAGCAGACAUACUGAGAGGGGAAAAUUUAUCCAAGAAAGCAAAGGAAAAGAGAGACUCUCUUGUUAAGAAGAUAAAAGAUGUAAAGUCUAUUUAUCUUCAGGAAUCUCAAUACAAAGGUGAUGCAGAAGAUGGCGAAGAAUAUGAUGACCCUUUUGCUGGGCCUCCAGACACUAUUUCAUUAGCCUCAGAAAGAUAUGAUAAAGAUGAUGAAGCUCCCUCUGAUGGAAACCAGUUUCCUCCAAUUGCAGCCCAGGACCUUCCUUUUGUGUUAAAGGCUGGCUACCUUGAAAAACGCAGAAAAGAUCACAGUUUUCUGGGAUUUGAAUGGCAGAAACGGUGGUGUGCUCUCAGUAAAACGGUGUUCUAUUAUUAUGGAAGUGAUAAAGACAAACAGCAGAAAGGCGAAUUUGCAAUAGACGGCUACAAUGUCAGGAUGAAUAACACUCUUAGGAAGGAUGGAAAGAAAGAUUGCUGUUUUGAAAUCUCUGCUCCUGAUAAACGUAUCUAUCAGUUCACAGCAGCUUCUCCCAAAGAUGCCGAAGAAUGGGUGCAGCAGCUGAAAUUUGUGUUACAAGAUAUGGGGUCUGAUGUUAUUCCUGAGGAUGAUGAGGAGAGAGGAGAGCUGUACGAUGAUGUCGAUCAUCCUCUCCCAGGCAGUUCACCAACAAGGAGUCUGCCAAAUGAUGAUGAAAUUUAUGAAGAACUUCCAGAAGAGGAGGAGGACGGAGCUCUGAUCAAAGUGGAGGAACAAAGGAAGAUGAGUCAGGACAGUGUUCACUACACCACAGGAGAUAAAAGCACCGAUUAUGCUAAUUUUUACCAGGGUUUGUGGGACUGCACAGGAGCUCUUUCUGAUGAAUUGUCAUUUAAACGUGGUGAUGUGAUUUACAUUCUUAGCAAGGAAUACAAUAGAUAUGGCUGGUGGGUAGGAGAAAUGAAGGGAGCCAUUGGCUUGGUGCCGAAAGCCUACAUAAUGGAGAUGUAUGAUAUUUGAGAGUCCUGGGCAGGGAAAAAUCAACAUUUUGUCUGAAGAGAAAAAUUAAAAUGCAGCUUUCUCUUUCUGCUCGCAAAAAAGGAAGAUUCCUCUGCUAGUCUGCAAAUCUUUUGGAUUGAGAAUCACUGUAAAAGCAUGAAUGACAGUUCAUAACCUUUCUUUGUUUUGUUGAGCAUCAUUUGUCUUUGUUGUUUUAUGCGUUCAUUAUAAUAUUCCUCUGAUGUGAAAUUAAAUGAAGGAUAUUAAUGUAAAUUAGAAGUAAGCAGUAAAGUUGUACCUGUUGCUAUUUUGCAAAGAAAUAAAUCAAUAGUUUUUAUUUACUCAUUUGAUUGAUGUGAGGAAUUCAGCACUGUUUUGUAUGUAUCACAGUCAUUGCUACUACUAGUAUGAGUUGUAAUUUCUCUUAAUACUGGAUAUCAAUGUUUUUAUAAUGUAAAAUAUAAUUUCAAGAAACUUUGAUAGAAUAUAUCUCACAAGUUUUUGAUAAAUGCUAUCUAAAGAAUGUAGCUUUGUUAAAACUUUGUAGAUGAGUCAUCUUAGUAUUUAUUUUUCACAUAGUAGUAACAUGUUUUCAUGGAAGAAUUUUUACUGAUUGGCAAGUUUACUUUAUGUUGAAUAUAGCCAUGAGAAAGAAAAAUGGUAGAAUUGCAAAUUCUGUCACCUUCUGCAACACAUGUGCAGACCAGAAUCAUGGUUUGUACAAAGCCCUUUACCAGUAAUAAAUACCCUGGUUAUAUAAUGGGCUUGCCAACAUUUUCUACUGUAGUUUUCUUUAAAUUUAAUAAAACAAAAAAUUUACCUGAGGCCCCAUUCUGCCACGAAUGAAAUGGCAUAAAGAAUCUCAAUGUAUUGUCAAAAUCAGAAGGCAUAACCGAGUACUUUUACUUUGCCUGAUCCUUCCUAUGCUAUUGAAGUCCUACCACGAAACUACUAGUACAGACUUGAGAAGUACAGCUCUGAACUUCUCAAAGCAAUGAGAAGAGAAGGAAGGCUCAGAGAGGAGGGUGUGGAAAUCAUGGUGGGAACAUGUACCAACAGGUGAGUGGAAGGUUGGUGUCAGUCUGACACAGGAGGUGUAAAUUGUACUCCAGAGCAAGGUUUGUGGAAUUAUAGUAUUACUUUUUUAUGUAUGGUUGAAAUCAAAGGUAUUUUAAAUGUCUACAAGGUACCACUGUGAUGUAUAUAUAUCAAAAUAUACUACUGAUUGGAUAAUUAUUUGGAGUAAAUAUAAUCUGCUAAUAAUGAAUCAUUGAUUAGAAGAUACUACUUUUAUGGAACUUUUCAGAUCUUUGCUUUAAAGAUAAAGAUUCUAAACAUGCAAACGAGUUGAUAAUAUUUAAAAACCUCUAUUAUUUAUAAAAAUUAUCUACAAAUAAUAUUUCAGAGUUUAUAUUUUACUGUUAGCCCCUCCCUAACCCAUGUGAUUAUCACCUUCAUGUGAUUAUCUGAUUUCACAUAUAAAAAUAUAUCUAUUAAUUUGGGAGAUUGUAGGUAAAUUCUAGUUUAUAUCAAUUAAUUAGACAUUAUCAAGUUAAAGCUUUCAGAAAUUAAUUUGUGCACUUGUUAAUCUUGUUCUAAUAUAGAACCAUUGGAAUAGAUUGAAAUCGUCUUGGCAAAAGUGAGACAACCAAGGAUGAAUGUAGUGGAUUGUUUUCAAGACCUGAGAGAUUGAAAAGUGAAAGCAAUUGUGGGUUCCACUGUAAAUGUAGACUUCCUUGUAAGGUAUACGUUUUGUGCUUCUGAUCCAAGUGAAGAUUUUAGUCCUGGGCCAGUAGAUGGCAGCAGCUUUUCAUUGCAUAGGAACCCACUUGGAAACCCCUCCCCCACUCCGGCACGGACUCACUCCAAAUGUAAAGUAUUUAGAAGAUUACUGCCUCCUUUUACAGUUAAUCCAGGAGAGGGAGUCCUUUGCCAACUGAUGCCAGACAGUCUCUGUGAAUGGUGACAAUACAGAAAAAAAAAGUGUUAAGUUGUGUCCAGAGCUCCUCUGCCCUUUGUUCCUUUUUAGUUGCAUACAGGUGGGAGAUAAGAAAAGAAACAAAAAAAUUUUAAUUGGAAUGACAGGAAAAACAAUCAUUACUUUCAACUCGUGACUCCUUUAAAUUCAUCUGGUGAAAUCGUUUGUAUCGUAGGAGGGAGAAAGUUUUCUUUACACCCUUGACAAUAUAUCACACACUUUCUAAGAUCAUCAUAAUAUCAUUAAUGUGAAUUUAAACAACAUUGCUUGUUAGAAAAUAUGCUAAUUGCUAUGUUCCCAUUAUGUUUGCUUAGCUUUUAUUUGUUUUUCUAUGAACAUUUAGAGAGCUAAUUUUUUUCAAAGGUGAUUGUAAGUCAUAUUUUACAUAGCAUUUUGCUUGAUUAUUUGCUCUGUACUGAAUUUGUACUCUAUUGCCAUUAGAUCUUACAAUAAUGUUCCACUCUGCAAAUUUUUAAGGUUCAAAUAAAGUUUAAUUGUUUGCAAACUGUUAUGAUGCUAAUAAUUCAACAGCCUGCUGUGUUACUAAUGAAAUUACUUUGUUAUGAUUAAUUUGGAAAAUAGUGUGUUGAUUGUAGUAAUUAAGCACAACAAGGUGAAGUAAAUGAUUCUAAUGCCAUCUGGCCUCCAAACUGAAUGAAGAAAUGAAAUAGGACUGUCAUCUGAAUUUAUUCAAAGAAGUAGGGAUAAUACAAAUGACUUCAUUGCUAUAGGAUUUACAUUUAACCACAGCUCACUCCAUUCUGUUUUGCCACUUGGUUAUAUAUGACAGUUCCUUUUAUGAAAAAGAAUGUUGUUUCGCCUAGCAAUUGUUUUGAAUACUUUAUAUUAUUUUAAGUAGAUUAUUUUUAUCUUGUGCUAAUUUAAUUACAGAUAAUUAUAUAAAGUAUUAUGGGAUCAUAGAAAAUCACUUUUCAACCAUCUGUAGGUGAAAUCUCUGUAUAUGGAGGGUUUUUUUGCUAUUGGUAUUGAAUAUAGUCUUAGAGAUUCCAUUCAGUUGUUUCUAAAUAUUUCUAGACAAAACUCUUGUAGUUCUUAUGAUUCCACUUUUCCUAUGAUUUCUUCAGUGUAAGCUAUUGCUACUCACUUCAUAGAGUCUGGUUCCUACCCCCAGCCAGGGUCAUGAUUAAAAAUAGAACCCAGAGCUGAGUUAUAUAUGUUAUAUAUUAAAGAUCCAGAUUUGUAGUUCAGCCACUAUAAGAAAACUUACCCUAACAUACAUGUAGUUUAAAAUGUUGAACUUCAUCAGUGAGACUGAGUAAAGCAUUGUACGAAUUUUUGAAUCAUGCAAAGUACCUCUACAUUUCAGAUAAAUCAGUUAUUUAUAUUUCAGUUAUUGAACAAAUUUAUAGACACAAACUGCAUAGAGGUCACUUUUACUUCUCGAGUUCAGUAGACUCAAGGAUAUUGAAGAGCAAUCCAUAUGGUAAAGAAAGAGGUGGUGAAGAUUAAAAUAUGACCAUACCAUAGAAAACAUAGGUUCACUCAGAACUUGAAGGAAUGUAAUCGAUAUAUAACAUAAAAACAUUUGUUAAAAUGGCUUAGUUUGAAAAAUCCUGAGUAUUCUGAAAUUCAGAGAAAUAAGUGGUAUAUAUUUUUAAAUUAUCUCUCUACGAACGUAACCUACAUUCAGAUGCAUAACUUAAACAGUUGAUCCUCUGGAUUGGGAACAAGCAAUUUCUGGACAUCCUCAGCUUCAGCCAACAUCGUCAUCCACUGCCUUGUAGUUGAACUCUUUGAGAAUAUUUGUUAGGACCUCUGAUAAUGUAACAUUUUGCUUAUGAUGAAAUAAAUAUUUACACAACUAUUUGUAA